AGUUGGGUAGUUGCAGCAUUAGUAUAAAUCUUUUAUAAACGUUCAUGUUAAUUCGGUUAUAUGUCAACAUACCGAACAGCUGAUUUCCAAAAAUUUGUCAGCACGUAAUAUUAGCUUAUUAUAAAAAAUGGCACUCUUUGAGAUGAAAUGGUUGCGUCGCUGGGUCCGAAGACACACAAGCCCCAUACCGGAGGACAAUGCAGUUCUGUGGAAAAGGCGUUUGAGUGUCGUAUAUGCGCUACUCGCCUGGAAUGCCUUCGGCUUUGUGUGUUACAUGGUCUACACAGGACGCAAUGAUUGGGCGAGAUAUUAUGGGUUUAAAAGCGAAGAUGAAGCUAAGCUAACGCCGGCACAGCAAUUUGCAACCCAGUUGAAUGUUGAUAAAGGUAAAAUCAUACGUUUCUCAGGCUUUAAACGCAUGGGUGAAGUGGAAUUUGACAAUACCAGUGGAAAAGCAGAAUAAAUAAUAUAAUUUAGAGAUGUGCAAAUGGAAUAAAUAAAAGUUUAUUGUUCAAUUCA